GGCAAAAUAAAAUUCUCAGUCGUCACUCUCCUCACUCACUCAGUGACUCUCUAGUCGUUGUCAGUUUCUUAACCCCUCUUCUCUACAAAAUUACCAAGAAUCCCUCUGAUCUUCACCUAUAAAUUCGCAGCCUCGCCUCUUCUCCUUCCCCUCACCACCUCAAACAAACUCAGGGGCAGUGCAAAGCAUCGGCACGAAGCUUAACUAGACGUGCAUUGCUACCAAUAUGGCACUCCACUCCGCCGCCGCUCUCUCGGCCCUCCUGCUGCUCUCCUUCUCAGGCCUUACGCUCUCCGACGAGACGCCGUCCACGCCGGUGUCGCCGUCGGCGGCUUGCAACGCCACGACGGACCCGACCUUCUGCCGGUCCGUCCUCCCGCCGCGGGGCAAGGGGGACCUCUACACGUACGGCCGCUUCUCGGUGGCCGAGUCCCUGGCGGGCGCGCGCAAGUUCGCCGCCGUCGUGGACCGGUACCUCGCGCGACACCGGCACCUCUCCUCGAGCGCCAUCGGCGCGCUGCGGGACUGCCAGCUCAUGGCGGAGCUGAACGUGGACUUCCUGACGGCCGCCGGCGCGACGAUCAAGAGCACGGACACCCUCCUGGACCCGCAGGCCGACGACGUGCACACGCUGCUGUCGGCGAUCCUGACCAACCAGCAGACGUGCUUCGACGGCCUGCAGGCCGCGUCUGGGUCGUGGUCCGACCGCGGCGGCCUCGACGCGCCCAUCGCCAACGGCACCAAGCUCUACAGCCUCUCGCUGUCGCUCUUCACCAGGGCGUGGGUGCCGACGGCGAAGCCGGCGCACCCGCACAAGUCGGGCGGCGGCAGCAAUGGCCCGCCGCACCACGGCCACGGCCACGGUGGCAAGAGCAAGAAGCCCCCGGCGGCGGCGGCGGCGGCGAGGAGGGGCCUGUUCGACGUGACCGACGACGAGAUGGUGCGGCGGAUGGCGAUGGAGGGGCCAGAGAGUACGGUGGCGGUGAACACCGUGGUCACCGUGGACCAGAGCGGCGCCGGGAACUUCACCACGAUCGGGGACGCCGUGGCUGCCGCGCCGAAAAACCUCAACGGCAGCACCGGCUACUACGUGGUCUACGUGCUUGCCGGCGUCUACGAGGAGAACGUGGUGGUGCCCAAGCACAACAAGUACAUCAUGAUGGUCGGCGACGGCAUCGGCCAGACCGUGGUCACCGGCAACCGGAGCGUCGUCGACGGCUGGACCACCUUCCAAUCGGCCACCUUCGCCGUGGUGGGGCAAGGAUUCGUGGCGAUGAACAUGACGUUCCGGAACACGGCGGGGCCGGCGAAGCACCAGGCGGUGGCGUUCCGCUCCGGCGCGGACCUGUCGGCGUACUACGGCUGCAGCUUCGAGGCGUACCAGGACACGCUGUACACGCACUCCCUCCGGCAGUUCUACCGCGGCUGCGACGUCUACGGCACCGUGGACUACGUGUUCGGCAACGCCGCCGUCGUCUUCCAGGGCUGCACCUUCUACUCCAGGCUGCCGAUGCAGGGGCAGUGCAACACGGUGACGGCGCAGGGCCGGAGCGACCCCAACCAGAACACGGGCACCUCCAUCCAGGGCUCCUCCCUCGUGGCGGCGCCGGAGCUCGCCGCCAACACCGCCUUCGCCACGCUCAGCUACCUCGGCCGGCCAUGGAAGAACUUCUCGCGCACGGUGGUCAUGGAGUCGUACGUCGGCGGGCUCGUCGACCCCUCCGGCUGGAUGCCAUGGUCGGGGGACUUCGCGCUCGACACGCUCUACUACGCCGAGUACAACAACAGCGGGCCGGGCGCCGACACCAGCCGCCGGGUGGCGUGGCCGGGCUUCCACGUGCUCGGCGACAUCACCGACGCCGGCAACUUCACCGUCACAAGCAUGGUGCUAGGCGAAAACUGGCUGCCGCAGACUGGCGUGCCAUUCACCAGCGGCUUAAUUUCUUGAAGCAAGCGCGUGCUAUAACCAAAGCUUCACAAUAUUACUAGUAAUAGCCAGUACUCCUAUAUAUAUGUGUGCUUCUGCAGUAAUAAUUUUAGUUCAGUUAAUCAUCAUAAGGGGAACGAGAAAUUAAUGUAGCAGGGAGACGAAAUCGAUCAGGGAAGAAAUGUACAAGUACAACACGACCUCGCUGUAGUACAAAUGUUACCAGCCCAUAUAUAUCAACUCGAUCAUGAACAAUGUGCAUGUACCAAUCGUACGAGACCUAAUCAAGUGUUUUGAAAGACAAAA